AUGAAUAACCCGUUGACAGGGGUUCCCCCAGGGAGUGCGAUGCGAACGGGGAGCACUCGCGGCGCCGUGGUCGGGGUGGGCGGGAGCAUCCGUCAGUCCAUUUCGGUCAGCGCGCAACCGGCGGUGAUUCGCGAAGGAGUGCGGGCGGCCUCUCGACGGGGAUUGGGCACUUCCGCGGGGCCGGCCCGGCAGGUCGGCGAUCGCAGCUACUAUAUUGGCCUUCUCCGCCCGAAGAUCGCUGAGCUCUCCGCCGAGAUCGAGCGGCUGAACGAGGAGGAGCGGAUGAUCGCGAAGAACGGCGCUGUCCUUGUCCAACUCGAGCAAAAGGCGCGCGCUCUGAAGGAGGAAGUCGGGGGGCUGAAAGGCCAGCUCGCCGACGUCAACCUCGCGAUCGAGAGCUCCGACACGCGUGACCUGGCGAGCAUGCAAAAAGAAAACGCUCAACUCGCACAGGAGAACACGCGGCGGCGGAAGGAGGUUGACAAACUCUUUCUCAACCUGCGGGAAGCAGAAGGGAGAAUCAAAGAGAACAUGAAAGCCUUGGAUGAGGAAAUGCAGGGCCUUGACCGCCGGCUCCUUUCGGACAACCAGGACCACGACACCUACAAGGCGAUCCGUGAGGAGGCCUUCGCGGUAUCCCAGAAGGUUCUCGAGCGGCAGCAUGAGGUUCGGACCCUGACGGCCAAGCAGGAGCUGUUGAUGACGAAGCUUGAGAAGGACGGCAGCCGGCGCCGGGCGGCGGAACUGCUGCGCGAGAUCCUGCGCAAGCGCCGCGAGCGCGAUGAGCUUGCCAAGGAGUGCGCCCUUUCCGUUGAGGAGGAAAAGCAACUUUUGAUGAAAAAGGUCCUCGCGACCCGCUCCGAUAUCGAGGCCCUCAAACGGCAGAUCGCCGACACUUGUGACGCGCUCGAUGAGUCGAAAACGCUCCUGAGCACGCUUGACGACGAGGUUCAAAACUACACAAGCGAGAACGUCAAGGCCUACCAGGCUCUGAAAGAGAAGGAACAGGAGAUGCAGGUCUUCCUCGAUGAUUACCCUGACAAGGAGCGCGAGGCGCUCGGGAAACUUGAGCGGGAGCAGCAGGAGAUCACAACGCUGCUGGAGCGAAUCUCGCGCGCGCUCGAGCUCCAGCGGCAGCUCCCCACGGGCGGAAACCCUGGCUCCCUGCAGGUCCUCACCACUGAGGUCGACGCAAAGCAGGAGCAGAUCAAAAACGACCAGCGCACCCACCAGAGACUAGAGAAGGAACUAAUGGAGCGGAAGACAGAACUCGAGAAGGUCUCCCAUCUGGAUAACAAGAUCAAGGAGGAGUUAGAGUCGCAAAACGCUAAGAUGACGGAGCAGCGGGCGGAGAUCGAGCGCUAUGAGGAUUUGGACGGGUUACGUCAGGAGGUAGACGCCUUGCGGAAUGAUUUGGAAGAGCAGCUAACAUAUUUUAAAUGCAUCCGAGAUAAGGGUACAAAGUUGGUAAAUGCCGCAAUGAACGAUUACAACGCGGAAAAGAAGAAGUUAAACACUGACAGCUUUAAUCAAUCACUUACCACACAGGAACAAAAGCUGCGGAUGUUAUGGCAAUCGGCCUUUACUCUGGAGGACUUCGUAAGAUUAAAAGAGAAGGAGGUGCAGUAUUUACCUAUUAAGGCGGAGUGUUUGCGCAUCGUGGAUGAGCUGAAUAUUCAGCUCAAAGAUCCUGCACGUCUGGCUGGAUCGGCUGGUCCGCCGACGAUUAGCCUGGGCAAUUAA